AUGACCCAGCUUCGACUUACUCCUUACAACUCUCGCAAUGGCUCUGCGGCAGCAGACAGCAAUUCUGCUGGAAGCUCAGCCGACACGCCCUUGCCUUCCGUUGAGCCUUCCGAGUCCGAAUUUGUCUUCUCAGGCAGCGAGUCGUCCACAUCUCGCCGUGAUUUUCACUUCAGAACUCCAUCUGUUUCGGUGUCAGUUUCUUCUCCAGAGGAGCAGGAGCCCGCAACGCCCAACUUCACCUGGAGCCCGAAUAAUGUCAUCGUCCGCCAAUCCGAAGGCCCUGCCGUGGGAACCAUGGCUUUGAACUUGGACCGCCUUCGGAUCGCCGACCAAACGCCUCCAAGGCUCAGCGACUCGGCCCGCAAUGCAAGGUCCAAUUCACAGAAUCGUAUGUCUGGAGGUCCUGAAACGGCCAUCACACUCCACGCCCUUGCUGGCAGUGGCUUCCUGAGCGGUGCUGCUACGCCUCGUUCUUCCAGGAGAAGAUCAAGCUCUCGCAAUCUAGAGGGCCGCUAUGAGAUACAUGAAGAAGACCCGCCACAGGAUGCAUUCAAUGCGGUAGGUUUUCAGUCUGCGUUUGCGGAAACAAAGUCGCUCGUUGUAGAGUUGAAAAGGGCACUGGCGAGCAGUUCGCUGCACCUAGAGCGUGACUCAGUCAUGCAUCAACUGCAUGCAGAAACAGCUCGCUUGUCAAGCUUCCGGCAAGCUUCCACGCGCAAAUUAGGCUUCGUCGGUGACGCCGGAGCCGGCAAAAGCAGUCUUAUCAACUCUCUACUAGACAUCAAAGGUCUCAUUAGAUCGAGUAACAAUGGUGCAGCCUGCACUUGCGUGGCUACGGAGUUCCACUUUCAUGAUCUACCAACCUUCCAUAUCGAAGUGGAAUUGCUUGACGAAAAUGAAUUGCUUGAUCAGCUUGUUCAACUACUUCAAUCGUAUCGCCACUUUCAUCUCAACCAAUCCAACAUGGAUGACGAGGCACAACGAAACGAGUUUGAAAAGCGAGCUCAGCUGGCUGAGGACACGUUCAACUCGAUGUUUCGCGGCCGCGUCCCAAGCCAGAGGUUCCUUCUAAAAGAAACUGAAGAUAAAGCUAAACGACAAUUUCAGGCGUUGAUGCAAGAUAUGCGGCCGUCUUCAACUAGUAUGAACAAAUUCGGAUUGUCUCAGACGAAUUGCGAAAAUGAGCUGCGUAUUUUAUCAUCAUAUGUUGCAGACUCUGGCGACCGAGCCGCCUGGCCAUAUAUCCGAAGAAUCAAAGUCUCUUUAAACGCACACAUUUUAAGUAAGGGCUUGGUCCUCGUCGAUUUACCUGGCCUGCGAGACUUGAAUGCAGCGCGAAGAAAUAUUACCGAACGGUACCUUCGAGAAUGCGAUGAUAUAUUUGCUGUUUGUUGCAUCGGUCGCGCGACCACUGAUCAGAGCGUCCAAGACGUGUUGAGAAUGCCGAGACAUCGACCCGAUACCAAUAUCGGAGUUGUGUGCACAAAAUCAGAUGAUAUUGACAAUGAUGAGGCCCUCCAUGAUUGGCAAGGUGAAAGAGGGCAGCGUGUCAGAUCAAUGCAGGGUGAUAUCGAAACGGACGAAGAGGAGCAUAGAAUUCUAAAAGAAGAAUAUGACGGUUAUAUCGACGACCGGAACGACCUCACACCCGAGGAAACCACAGAAUUUCACGAGAUUCUUAGCAAAAUGCGUCAGGUUUCAGAGCGAUUACAGAUGAACGAGUUCAGACUCGAGUCUUUUCUUAUCCAGUCUCGGAAUGAUCUUGUCUCCGAGAAGCUAGCAGAGCUCUACACCAACGAUGUUCCUGAUGAUGAAUUGAAGGUAUUUUGUGUGAGCAAUCGCAUCUACAAGGAGAAGCGAGAUUUGCCAAGAAGGGAGGCUCAGAGACAUCUGAGACUGAGUGGCAUCCCGGCACUGCGCAAAUUCUGUAUAUCCGUGGUAUCAGAAAGCCAGUAUCGAGCGGCUAGCCGGUUCAUGACAGACAAUGUCCCUGCUGUCAUAGCACGUGUGGAGCUUUGGCUUCAGUCCGGCGCUGAUACGGUGGACGCUGAACGAAAGCUGGCCAUCACACGCACGCUAGAUGAAAUGGAGGGCCAGUUGGUUUCGAGCUUGCUCCAACGCAAUUCACCUGUUCAUCAGCUGUCGCGCCAAUUGAUCCAGCAUUUUCGGACACAUAUAUGCGACCGGCAGCAUGUGGGCUCAUGGAGCGCAGCAGCUCAAGCUGCCGGUCGGAGCUGGGGGACUUGGCAUCACAAUUCCUACGCGGCAUUUUGCCGCCAAUUCGGAAACUACGCAACGCCUGCUGCUGGGCGACAUGACUGGAAUAUGGAGGCCAUGGAAGCAAUGGCCAGCCAGAUGGCUACACCAUGGCGGGGAUUAGAAGAGUAUACGCGAAGCCAUAAGGACGCGAUCACCGAAUUCAUCGAUUCGCCAAUGGACUCAGCAGCUCAGCUUUUGGAAGCUGAACUGGGUGGCGACCUUGCUGCCCUCGCUCUGUUGCGUCGAGCUUUGUUAACUGGGCAGCGCUCACUGACACGCGGUGUUGAAGAUGCGUUCGCGCACGUCGAAAUGGACCUCAGAACUCUUCACACAGACGGACUUUCGAGCUUGAGAACCUCGUUCUUUGGAACAGCAUUGGAAUCAACGUACGAGGAGUGCAAUCAAGAAUACGGCACGGGAAGUCAUGCAAGGCGAAGGACCAUUAUGGAUGGGAAACUUUCUAGGGAAUCCCUUUUCACAAACAUCUUGGACCAGAUGAGAGACAAAUUCGCCAUUCUUGCCCAUUCCUGGCAGGACAGCGUCACUGAUGCGGUAAACUCGUACCUAGAUACGAUCCACAGUACUCUGGAGCUUGUCAGAGACGAGAACACUGCGGAAGAGAGCCAGCGUGACCAGGCGUUCCACGGCCGAGUAAGUGACGCCGUACGACGAGCAAACAGUGAUAUUCAACGUAUCCAUCGAAGUAUUCUGUAG